GCUGGGCAGGGCCGGCCCGGCCCGGCCAUGGAGUCCUACGACAUAAUCGCCAACCAGCCCGUGGUCAUCGAUAACGGUUCAGGGGUGAUCAAGGCUGGCUUUGCAGGAGACCAGAUUCCCAAAUACUGUUUCCCAAACUAUGUUGGGCGCCCUAAGCACAUGCGAGUGAUGGCUGGAGCCCUGGAGGGGGACCUCUUCAUUGGACCAAAAGCAGAGGAGCACCGGGGGCUGCUGGCCAUCCGCUACCCCAUGGAGCACGGCGUGGUGCGAGACUGGAACGACAUGGAGCGCAUCUGGCAGUACGUCUACUCCAAGGAUCAGCUGCAGACUUUCUCCGAGGAGCAUCCUGUUCUCCUAACGGAGGCUCCACUGAACCCGAGUAAGAACCGGGAGAAGGCAGCAGAGGUGUUCUUUGAGACCUUCAACGUGCCAGCCCUGUUUAUCUCCAUGCAGGCUGUGCUCAGCCUGUAUGCAACAGGACGCACGACGGGAGUGGUUUUAGACUCAGGGGACGGGGUCACUCAUGCUGUCCCCAUCUACGAGGGCUUUGCCAUGCCGCACUCCAUCAUGCGGGUGGACAUUGCUGGUCGUGAUGUCUCUCGCUAUCUCCGGCUACUGCUGCGCAAGGAAGGAGUUGACUUUCACACCUCAGCUGAGUUUGAGGUUGUCCGGACCAUCAAAGAGCGAGCCUGUUACCUCUCCAUCAACCCUCAGAAGGAUGAGGCUCUGGAGACAGAGAAGGUGCAGUACACCUUGCCAGAUGGCAGCAUGCUCGAUGUGGGGCCAGCGCGGUUCCGGGCCCCUGAGCUGCUGUUCCAGCCAGACCUGGUAGGUGAUGAGAGUGAGGGGCUCCAUGAGGUGCUAGCCUUUGCCAUUCACAAGUCUGACAUGGACCUUCGCCGGACACUGUUCGCCAACAUCGUGCUUUCAGGUGGCUCCACACUUUUCAAAGGCUUCGGUGACCGAUUGCUAAGUGAAGUGAAGAAGCUUGCCCCAAAGGAUGUCAAAAUCAAGAUCUCGGCCCCUCAGGAACGGCUCUACUCCACAUGGAUCGGUGGCUCCAUCUUGGCCUCGCUGGACACUUUUAAGAAGAUGUGGGUGUCCAAAAAGGAGUAUGAAGAGGAUGGCUCCCGUGCUAUUCAUCGUAAAACCUUCUAG